AUGGAUGAUUUCAAACAGUUGGGUCCAAGUGAGUUUCAAAGCUCUCACAAAUUCCCCUAUCUAGUGGGUUUACUAAAUGGUUAUGGGAAAUCCAUCGUUGACCUAAUACACCACUAUGAGGCAUCCAAUAAUCAUUCAGAGCUAGCUAAACUCAUAAACCGACCAGCAGGUGAAAUAAACCAGUAUUUUCGAGCACUAGAUAAUGAUUUAUUAAUACAGCCGAGUAAUGUGAAUGAUUUGUUUGAUGAUGGAGAGACAAUCUCCACUGGGUUGACAUCGAUUGAUGAAGAGUUGGGUGGUGGUGGAAUUUACCUCGGUGAGGUAACCGAGGUGUUUGGUGCUAGUGGUUGUGGGAAAUCACAGUUUCUUUAUCAGUUGAUCCACAACUGUAUUGUACAGUACCCUCAAAGUAAACCCAUUCAUGUUGCCACGGAGACAUUUAUGGAGUCGAAAAGGUUGGCAGAUAUGUUUGAAGACGAGUUGGAUCAUCUGACAAUUGAUGCAAAAUUGAAUCAAAUAUCCUAUAUAUAUUGUCCUGACUUGGAAAGUCAAGAUCAUAUUUUGUUUACACAAUUGCCAACACAAUUGCAACAAGAUAAAUCAAAUACGAAACUUCUUGUUAUUGAUUCGAUUGCUCAUCACUUUCGACGAGAGGAUGCAAUGUCCAACGUCAACUUUAUGAAAGACAGGGUAGAGGAGCAAGAACAAGAGCUUGAAGAGGAUGCAGAUUUCCAAGAACUUAAACGAUUGAAAAAUAGUUAUCUGAAAUUGGUUGGCAACAAGACUGCCAAGUAUGCGAAAAGAUCAACAAAACUACAUUAUCUAAGUCUGAUGUAUCGCCAUUUGACCAGAUUGGCCAGGGAGUUCAAUAUUGCUGUAGUGGUGGUGAAUCAAGUUAGUGAUCAUACUGCUGACUUUUCCAAUACAAAACAAUCUGUCAUUGAUGAUGAGGAUUUAUCGUAUCCUUUGAAUUUGGAUUUCCAAAUCCCUAUAGCAUCCGGAUGGGACCCCAAAACAAUAUUCAAAUACCUACCUCCUUCACACGUACAGUUAAACGAACGAGAUUUGGAGUUAUUAGAUUUGGAAUUGCAAAGAUCACUUGAUCCAAAUUCUUCCUCAAACAAACGCAAAAAGGUAACGGAUGAAAAUGGCACUAGGUCUGUGCCCGUAGAAGAAGAUCCUCGAUUGAACAAAAAUAGGAUUGUUGCCAUGCGUGAAACUCAAGCUGAUUUGAUCAUGAAGGCUCAUGAGUUGAAAAAUAAGAGUACAAAAAGAAUAGUUCCUACUUUGGGGUAUCCAUGGGCAACGAGAAUUCAAAAUAGAAUCAUGUUGAUGAAAACGUAUAAGCCUCAAUUGAAGUCAAGAGAAGAGCUAGUAAGUGAGAGUGAAGCGAAUGGAGGAGUGGAUUUAGAAACUGGGUUAUCUUAUGCUCAACUUUGCGAGGGGUUUACGUUGGGCUCAAAUGGGAGUAAAGAGCAGUCACGGCAACUACUGCCUGCUUCAUCUUCAGCCACCAGUGCUAGUGUCCAAUCGAGUGUUUCUCUGUUGAUAAAAGGCUGGCAAGUUGAACGGUUCAUCAAGGUUGUUCUAAGUACACACAACAUAAGAAAUAAUAGGUUUAAGAAUUACGCUUUUGCAAUUGAUAAACGAGGGUUGAAAGAGGUCUGA